AUGCCACCAUCCUCUGCAGCACCAUCCAGUCUGGGGACUCGACAGCGAGCCAAACAAGCCUGCGAGACAUGCAAGCAGCGAAAACGAAAAUGUGAUGGCAAACAGCCCUGUGGCUUCUGCGUCCGAUACGAAUAUGACUGCGCGUUCGAUUCCCAGCCACGGAAAAGGGUUGCCACGGGCUCUACGCGACAUGUGCCAGGAAGGGAGACCACACGCUCUACGGAAGAACUACCAGGGCAGCUUUCAAAUGAAAUUGAGAUAAGUCAACAGAGGAUGGAAGCUACCUCAGGAACGGCGUUUCCCCAUGUCUUGGGAUUGAAAUUGAAUCCUCGCGACGCGCCCGGUGUGUACGGGAUCAGCUGGAAUCUCGGCCUCAGGGAAGAACCGACGCGUCAUUUUACAAAUUUGACAACCUUGCUUACACACGCUGAGAUGAAUCGAUACGCGUUUAUCUACUUUGAUCACAUCCAUCCGAUUUAUGCGAUCCUUAGCAAGGAUAGCCUAGACGAAGAGAUUUCUUUGCGGUGGCAAAAUCCCCACGUAAUUGGCAGCUAUGACCCUGUCUUGUGUGGCGUAGCCGCACUGGGCUCGGUGUUCUCAGGAACUGAAAAUCAACCACAUCCACGAGAAGCUGAGAUAGUACAGUGCGCGAAGGAAAUGCUGGAGGCAACCAGCGUGAUGAAAAGACCAUUAUUGCACCAUGCUACGGCCUGGGUACUCCGGACCUUGUAUCUACGAACCACUAACUCUCCGCAUGCGUCUUGGAUGGCCAGCUGUACUGCAAUGCAUAUUAUUGAGGCCACGGGCGCUCAUCAGGAUCCACAAUCAAGGUCAUCGGUCUAUUUCGAUACUCGCGACACGGGUGGCGACUGUGAUAUCCCGAGACGCCUGUUCUGGGUGACUGUUACCUUGAAUGCGUGGAUUUCUAAUGAAUACGGCCGUUCUCGCGUGUCAAUUCGCGGAAUGUCGUGCAAAAAGCCUUCGCGCGGGGAUGACAAUUGGACGCGAGAUCUGAUAGGUGUCUACGAAAUUUCGCAGCAGCUGGAUCAAGAGCAUGGCAAUGAUUCUGCAAACCUGCUGGAUUGUUUGAGUCGCUUGGAAAUACCCGUAUAUGGCCCUGACGCUUUACAGCUAUCGCGGGUCAACCUCGUUCUUACCAUCUACCGACGCCUUCGAAUCUCCUGCCCUAGCAUUCCGAGAGACGCCCAGGAUCGAAUUAUCGAUGCCGCAAUCGUGGGACUUGAAUCGGCUGUAGGGCUUGCCGAGGAACGCGGCCCUUGGUGGCACGUUGCCAAUGUCCCAUUUCAAGUCGUCUGUACGCUCUUGGCUAUGGACUCGCGGGAGUCCCUAACCCACAUCCCACAGGCAAUGCGGUCACUGCGAAAAAUCUCCCAGCAGUUCCAUACCGCGAGUAUACGACACGCAGUCGACGUUGCCGAAUCACUUGUUCGGCUGUCACGACAGAAUAAACAAAAUGACCUGUUGGAUCUAAACCACGGAUUGGACAGCCACGAUGGGCAAGAUAAUAUAUUGAAUCAAUCAAUUUAUGGAAUAGAGGAGAUGCUGGACGAAGACGGCGAGCCAGAUCUCGAUUGGGAUGCCUUCUUGAGCGCCGACAUCCCACUUUUUGACACUACCUCCUUGAAUGUACCAGGUCAAACCCCAAAUUGA